AUGGCUCCUGUAUAUGGCUAUGCUGCCUUCACUAUCUCAAUCGUACUUGUGAGUCAGGAGAUUUUCCAUCCUACAACUUUGUCAAUUUUACGUCUCUUAAAACUCUUUAAGCUUUUUGGCAACAAUAUCAGCUCAGAAUUACCUAAUUCAUUCUUCAAUGUCACCGAAGACAUCUCUGAUGUUGACCUUGGUUACAACAAUUUCUAUGGUCGAUUGCCAAUAGCCUUGUCCGAGCUUCCAAAACUAAGUUAUUUAUUGUUGAACAAUAAUAAAUUAGAAGGAUCAAUGCCAUCUUUUGCUGGAAAUCUUUCUUCUUUAGUUUCCUUUGAUAUGUCAUAUAUACAAUCUCUUGAGUGGCAAUCUUCCGGAAGCCCUCGGUCAACUCCAUAA